UCUCUCAGUCUGCCUGCCUGCCCCUUCCUGUCCUCUCUCUCGUGGCCUUGCGGCGCCGACUGGGCGAGCGGCGCCGCCCUUUGCCCCGUCUUCGCCGGGCCCUUCGCCGCCGACGAGCACCCACCCGGGUACGGAUGGAUCAGGAGGUGAAGGACUCAAGGCCCUCGAGGUCUCCCAGCGAGCCAAACCUCUUCCUGCAAUGGGGAAGCCGGAAGCGGCUGCGCUGUGUCAAGACGCGCGAUGACGGCUCACCAUCACCCUCGCCAUCUGAAGUUCUUAGACGUGUUGUGCCCCGUGCAACCCGGCCUCUUCUCGGAGCUGACAUCGCACCAUUUCGUUCGCCACGCCGCCCAAGCACCCUUCAACGCAGGAAAUCGGAUUCACCAGCGAACGAGUACAAGCAGUCAAUGGCACUCUCCCCAGAGAAGGACCGGUAUUACUCCACUAGGGGUUCUCCAUUUCCUUUUGAGGGGAAUGGGUUCGAUUUUGGUGGUUUAACCGAGGACAAGGGAACCACUGCAUUGCCAAGGUUCUUCAUUGCAUUGUCUAACAAGGAGAAGGAGGAGGAUUUCAUGGCAAUGAAGGGCUGCAAGCUCCCACAGAGGCCAAAGAAAAGACCCAAGCUGAUGCAGAAGUGCUUGCUUAUGGUGAGCCCAGGAGCUUGGUUGUCAGAUCUGUCACAUGAGAGAUAUGAAGUUCGAGAGAAGAAGAGUUCAAAAAAGAGGGCUAGAGGCUUGAAGGCUCUAAGCCUGGAGAGCGAUUCAGAAUAGAGGCGGUGUCAGAGUAUGAAUUUUGGACUUUUGACUUUAGCUGGAGGAAAAAAUCUCUAGUUAGGUGGCAAUGCUGUUUCUUCAAUUAGACAAAACCUCAGCAUCAAAUUCAACAGGGGGGCUAUCAAUGGCUGUUCUACUCUACCUUACUAGCUGUCCUGUCUCCCCUGCUGUACUUAAGUCCUCCUUUCGUUGAAGAAAUUAUAAAAAAAAAAAGCACUAUGCAUGUUGGGGAAAGAGUAUAUUAGGCCAGUUUCUGAUAGCGAGAUGCAACUUGAAAAUGGGUGUUGUCUGGAAACCCCAGGAUGUUCGGUUGUUGUAAACAUCUUCUGAUACAGUACUAGUGACCAGCUUGCUGGAGGAUAUAUGGUGGAUUGGUGGUCAUUUAAUCAAAUUGAUCUGUUGAAUUUGCAA